AUGAAGACGAUUGGCAUCAUUGGUGGGAGCACCGACAUUGCCACGGUCGAGUACUACAACUUGAUCAACAAGCAUGUCCGGGAAGAGCUAGGCGGGCUGCACACGGCCGAAAUCAUCAUCAACUCCAUGGACCUGGCCAACAGCGCGCACUACGUCAAUCACGAGCUCUGGGACGAGGGCGCCGAGUACCUCCGCACCAAGGCCCAGAGUCUCGCGCGCGCCGGCGCCGACUUCAUCAUUUGCGUCUCCAACACGUGGCACCGCGUCUCGGACCAGUUCAUGGCCGGCGUCGCCGACACGGUGCCCCUGUUGCACAUUGCCGAGCCCACGGCCGAGGCCAUCAAGGGCAAGGGAUUGCGCAAGGUUGCGCUCCUGGGGACGAAAGCGACCAUGUCGUCGCCGUAUCUGCCCGACUUAUUUGCAAAGGACCACGGGCUGGAGAUCAUUGUCCCCACGGACAAGGACCAGGAAUUAAUCAACACUGUCAUCUUUGCCGAGCUGUCCUAUAACCAGUUCACCGAUGCGUCCCGGAAUGCAUAUCUCGAAAUUAUUGACGAGUUGGCGUCGCGUGGUGCUCAGGGUGUCAUUCUAGGGUGCACGGAGAUUGGGCUCUUGGUAUCGCAGUCGGACCGCCCAGACAUUCCGAUGUUUGAUACUUUGCGAUUACAUGCCAAGGCCGCGGCAAUGAAAGCCGUCCACGGCUAG